UUGUCAAAGCAGUGCAUCAUGGCGACGGUAUCGGUAGACCAAUGUUUGAUUCAUUAAUCAAUGACUGUUUUACGUUGCUAUCUUGUUAAUUAUUACUUGUUGUAGUGCUACAAAUAUUGUUAUGCGUACUGAACGUUAAAUCUAAUUUGUUAAGACUAUGACGAGCUUGAUAGAUAAAAUAGAACAACUAAUAAAACGUGAAAAAACAACACCCGAGCGUAAAAAAGAUGACUCGAAAAAGUCAUCCAGUGAGAUUCUCUCGGAAUUGUUUAGUGCUUUUAACGCAGAUCCCCCGAAGAUAGAUGAAGUUCCUUCUAAGAAAUCAAAGAAGAGUAAGAAGAAGCAUAAGAAAGAAAAGAAAAAACGCAGCCGGAGUUCUAGCAGCGACAGCUCGGACGAUAGUGAGUACACACAUAAGCGGAAAAAGAGAAAAAAGAGUAAGUCUAAAAAACGCGCUAGAGAGAGCCGGUCGCCCUCAUACCCGUACCCACUAACACCGGUGCGAGUUAAACCAGAAAAUGACCACGUGAAAAUAAAACAUGAGAAAGAAAUCAAACAAGAAGAUGUUAAACCCAAGGAAGUUAAACUUGAAAAGGAUGUUAAAAAGCAUGCGGCAAUUAAAAUUGAAGAUGAUUCUAUUUCAUUGUCACCUCCACAUCCCAUGUCUAUGUCUACAGACUGUAACAAGACUAUAGACUUACGCGAUAAACUGGACAGUAAGAAGGCUGAGGCUUGCAAUGCAGACAAUGAUAAGUCUAAGGGUAAAAUUCAAAUAAAGAAUCUUAAAUUUAGUGCUGUAUAUGAGGAGACGGUGAAGAAAGCUGAGGAAGAGGCUAGAAGGAAAGCAGAGAAAUAUGAAGAAGGUGAAUACACAGAUUCCUCUAGCAGUACUGAGAAGGAAAUUGUAUGCAACUCACAGUUUCCUAAAACUUCAGAUCCUGGAGGUAUACUUAAGAAACAAGCUGAGGAAGAAUCAAAAAUUGAAACAAAUGGCGAUUCAAAAUCUGCUUCAAAGAAAAGUAAAAAGUCUGAAAGCUCAUCAAAAUCAUCAAGGCGAGAUAGAAGUAAAUCUCCUAAAAGGUCUAGCAGUAAAUCAAGGAGAUCAUCGUCAGCAUCUAGGAAGCGUCAUCAUCGUUCCAGUUCCAAGACACGACACAGCAGUCGUUCACGACAUCGGUCUUCAUCUCGAUCGCGAAGGAGGUCAAGGUCGCGAUCUCGGCGAAGGUCGAGAUCAAGAUCACGACAUAGGACUAGACGGUUGUCGCCUAGACAUGGAGGAAGAAGGAGAUCUAGGUCACCAACCGGUGUUAAGUUAGCAGAUAGUGAAAAGAAACGACUGCUAGAAGUUGCUAGAAGGAAUGCUAUAAACAUGCUCAAGAAUGGCGCUGUCCCCGCCGGAGCCGCCGCUUUGCCGCCACACACUAGGAAUCAAGUAAUGGCUGCAAUUCAGUCUGGAGGUAAAUCAGUAGAUGAACUGACAGACUUCUGCAAGCACUUGUCCAAGAAAGAAGCCCUAGGUGAACUAUCAUCUGUCUCAUCAAACGACGAUGAUAUGAGCGAGAACGAAGAUACACUAGCAUUCCACCAUCCCUUCCUUGUUAAGGAGAAGGCUCCUAUUGUUAUGAACAUAAGGGGAGGUGCUCCACUACCAAUAAAAACGAAUCCUCUUCCUAUAGCCAAUAAGGAGGAGCUAAGGCUUCAAUUCCCCGUGUCUUCAGGAUCUCAACAUCGGGAGAAAGCAUCAGAGUGGGUGCCCGUCUCACCGCCUAAGAAGGACAUGCAAGUAGCAAAGCUCAACCCCACUAACUCCACUAGUUCUAAGACUAAAUCUACCACUGCCUCCACUUCUUCAUCAACAAACACAUGCACGGAUAUUGCCAAAAUAUCUGAUAGAUCUUUAAGUCCGCCUGCUUAUAUGAAAAGUUUCACUUCUGGAAGCCAGCUGAAUUCAGUGCCUGCAAUACCCGCGUUACCAGCUCCGGGUCCACAAGCUUAUCCACCAGGCGUAGAUGCACAGAAGAUGCAAGACGUGGCGUUGAUCGUGUCGCAGAAACUGUCGUUGAUUCGCAAGGAACAAGAAGAGACCGAACUUUUUACCACACAUGGGUUUGGUUGGUCAGCGGGUGAAUCAUCACUUGGUCAGUUCACCGGUUCAACAGGAGCGCAGAUAUUAACACCGAGGGAACUAGCAAGUGGUACACAAGCGUGGGCCAAAAAGCUGAUUGCCUCGCCGGUCGGGAUUUGCGGUCACUGCGCGCUCGACCGUUCGGUCAGAACUUAUAAUACUAGUCGUAUUAUACUUUCUGACCUUUUUCUAUUAAAAACUGUGAUGGUUGCAACAACUUGACUUUUUUAUAAUGUUAUCUUGUAUCACUGUUUUGUCAAUGAGCUAUAUUGUAGCACGGUUUUUAUGUAUCUAUAUGUAUUGUAUUUUAUAUAAACUAAGAGCUAUGAAAUGCUUGUUUUCUGGUAGUGGUUUUGAAUGAAAGAUGCUAUGAACUAUUGGGAAUUCUUUGCUAAAGCUAUUUAUGGAUGCCCUUUUUUUCUUACAGAUUGGACGGCUUUCUCGUAUUAUUAAUACAGGGAAAUAUUAUUAAUUGGGAUUUUGGGAUUAUUUGCGUUUGCGCUCAGAAUUAUUAUCUUUCUCUCGGUGAAUGAAUUUAUCAAAUUGUAAUCAGUAGUUUUGGAUAUUACACAGAACAUACAAACUCACAUUAAUAUCUUCUUAAAGUAGUUAAUUAACACGGAUUUAAAUACAUUAUAAAUAUUCAGCAUACUAUAGUAGUUAGAAACAAUAUUUAUAAUAUUUAUUGUCUAUUGAAUUGCUUCGGCUACAUACUCACACUUCGAAUUUAUACAAAAAAAAUAUAAAUACUCAUGCUAUUAUCCUCUCUAUAUAAUUAUUAUGUAAUGUGUAACCUCACUGUAUGUUGCUGCAACCAUUACGCGACCUCGUAAUUCCCUGUUUGUGUAACUAGGGAACUUGAAAGUUCGCUGGUUACACCGCACUACUCUUCUAAUGUGAUGGUAAUUCUCAUGCCACGCCCCCUUUGGCAUGUGAAUCAUCAUUACCAAAGAUUGCGUACAGAUAUUCAGUUUUCCCCUUGGUUGUGACUGACUUAUUUCAAUUGUUUAUAUUAAUUUUUUUUUAUUUGUAACCUACAUACUUUUUUAAAUGCUUAAUGUUGGUCCAAAUUGCAAACUUUUUACAGGCUGUUUUGCGUUAUUUAGUUCCUAUUUUGUUUAAGUUUAAUCGUUGUUGGAUUUAUUUAUUCGACUUUAGUUUUGUCCUUGACUCUGUAUAUAAAGAAUUUAUGGUCUAGGACUGUUGGGCGGAAAUAUAGAUACUUCAUUUUAUAAAAUACAUUUAGUCAGUCUUCAAAUAAUAUUGAAAAGUCCAUCGAUUCUUUGAGCUAUCCAAGAAGGGCGAUAAUAACUUACAGCCUCUCCCGAACAUUUGUGCAAAGCUAUGUGCGAAGUUUUGCACAACUAAUACAUAAUGUACAAGCGAUUCGCGUCUUUAUAAACAGUAAAAAGAUACGUUUUCGUGAAAAAAUGCGAUGCGUUGAUGGCUCAAAGAAAAAUGGCCAAGAUGGGGAAUUCAUGAAUAUUUGUUGCAGCUUUUAAGUGAUAAGGAGAUGCGUGCACUUCGAUGUCUACGAUGAUAGGUGCUAACCUUACAAUGUAUUCAAAGAGGUAAGUAUAAUACGGGAGGGGGUGAAGUAAUACUCAGACAAAAAUGAACUUUAUGUGUUGUGUACACUGAGUACAAAUUUAAUAUAACUACUGGCAGAUUCUCCAUUAUUGUUGAAAGUUGACUGUGAGCUACAAUGCGAUGGUAAUGCUUUUCUACAGGGUGUUUUAAGAGAAUACUUUUACAUUUUUCUUCCAAAAUAGUCUUUAACUACAUUAAAAUCAUAAUUGUUCUCAUAUCUAAACGAAUUUAUUAUACUCACGAUUGUCAAUGCAUUGUCUAAUGUUGUUGUAUGUAUGUAGGACCAACUGGUGCGUGCCGCGCCCGUUGAAGGAGGCAUGGGCAUGCAUUUACUUCAGAAAAUGGGCUGGACGCCCGGCCAAGGGUUGGGUAAGG